AAGGAGCUUCCACUCGCACUCCCUGUUUAGCCGCCCAAAACCAAAAACCAAAACCCGCUUUACUCAACUCUGACCCAUGUCUCACUCUCGGUGUGUGUUUAAAUAAAUACGACUCCAAGAUCUCAACCUCUUUUUCUUUGUACUUUCUUUCUAUUUUUCUCAUUCUCUUACUUUCUCGCUCUGAAAAUCCCCAGUCCUCGAGAAUUUCUUGGAGCUCUAUCUCUCUCAUUUGAGAGAAUUAGGGCAAAAUUUGGAUCCAUUUUGGAUUAGGAAAAUGGAAGCUAAGUGUAGUGAAUUCUUGUAAGAAUUCUAGCAAGUUCUUUUUUGUUGGUAAUCCAAGUCGUUCCAGCGAUUCAUGCUCUACUUUCUUGAUUAAUUUUGUGGUUUCGAAGUCUCUUUCGUAAUGGAGUCGAUCUGGAGCCACAAUGCCACUACAGAAGCUUGGCAUUUGGUCAUUGCAAUUUUCUUCGCUUUUGGAUUCUUCGCCGCAAGGUUCUUGUUCGACAGAUUCGUAUUCCGUAGGCUGGCCAUCUGGUUAUUAAGUAAUGGGUCCGUUCCACUGAAGAUUGAUGAGGCUACCCGUGCAAAGGUUGUGAAAUGCUCAGAGUCAAUGUGGAAGCUAACGUACUAUGCAACUGUUGAAGCGUAUGUUCUCAAAAUUACUUAUAAUGAGCCAUGGUUCAGAGACACAAAAGAUUACUUUAGAGGCUGGCCUGAUCAAGAAUUAAAGAUUUCGGUAGUGUUUUUCUAUAUGUGCCAAUGUGGAUUCUACAUCUAUAGCAUUGCUGCACUCCUUGCAUGGGAGACCCGAAGGAAGGAUUUUUCAGUGAUGAUGUCUCAUCAUGUAAUUACUGUUUUCCUGAUUGGGUACUCGUACAUUACAAGAUUUUUCCGAAUAGGCACAAUCAUCCUUGCUUUGCAUGAUGCGAGUGACGUGUUAAUGGAAGCUGCAAAGGUUUUUAAAUAUGCAGAGAAAGAGCUGGCGGCAAGUGUAAUCUUCGGAUGUUUUGCCAUUUCAUGGUUCAUACUGCGGCUGGUAUUCUUUCCCUUUUGGGUUAUAAAAGCAACAAGCUACGAUCUCAUUGGCUUCUUGAACCUACCGGAGGCCUAUCCCACAUCAUUGUACUAUGUUUUUAAUACACUGUUACUCAUGCUGCUUGUUUUCCACAUAUACUGGUGGUUGCUCAUAUGCUCCAUGAUCAGGAGACAGCUGCAAAAUAGAGGAAAAGUUGGAGAAGAUAUUAGAUCUGAUUCAGAAGACGAUGAUUAGAUGAAAGAUAUUGUUGAAGAAAGUUUUUUCACUUGUGGUGAUCUCAGCAUUGGCGAGACUACUUUGACUUGUUUGUAAGUCUAUAUUGCAUUGAAAGUGGUUAUUACCUUUAGGAACCAGGAGGGGGUUGAUAAUUUCUUUCUUUUUCAAUUUUUCAUCAAUUCUUCUUGGGUUAGAGAUAUACUAUAUGGAGGUAGGAACAUGAAGCAUGCUCAUGAUCUUUUUGGUGUAUAAAAAAUAAUAGGAAAUUCCUGUAUAAUUGUUUUUCUUUUUCUUUUUUUUUUUCUGGUAAAAAAUAAAAAAAAUUCACAAAAUGCGAAAGAAAAAUGAUUCUUUUCCAUGUUAUGUCUGGCUUUGUUUAGAUUUUGAGCUAGUAAGAGGAAUGAAGUCGUGGACCGUGUUAUGGGACAAUUGGUUGCUUACUCAUUAUUGCUAUUGGUCCAGAAACGAAACACAAUGAACUUUGUUGGACAUACAUUUCCAGAUGCCAAAAUAUAUAUGAGAAAUGCUUGGUGAAUGCUAUUUUUUUUUUUUUUUUUCAAAUUUAUGUUUGUAAGUUGUUGCUUCUUAGAAUGUAGAAUUCGAUGUCUUUAUUUUGGAGAAGUUGUCUUUCAUCUCAUAGCUUACUGUAUAACUUGGACGUUAGAGCACAGUAUUCGGCAGUACCAAAGAUCUAAUACACUAUAGAGACGUGAUUACAUUUUUAGUAGUGUAUU